GAUGGCGGAAGUGGUCCUAAAUGACAGCAGAUCUUCCUGCUUGUAGUUUACCUGUUUGAUAUCAAAUGCUGUGAUAUUUAAGGCAAAUUGGGUUCCUUUUUGCCGAGAAGAAGGUGAAUGACAAUCAAGCUGGGUCUCUUAAACAAUGUCCAGGUGCGGUUUUUAUGCCCAGCCGACGUUGAUGAAGUCAAACGACUAUGCCGUGAAUGGUUUCCGAUCGAAUACCCUGAUGUUUGGUAUGAGGAGAUAACAUCAAGUUCCCGAUUCUUUUCAUUGGCUGCCACGUUAAAUCAUGACAUUAUAGGACUCCUUGUAGCUGAGGUGAAAACCAAGUCUUUAUGCAACAAAGAGGACACUGGAAUUCUUUCUUUUGCUUUUGGUGAUGAUUCUCAAGUGGCUUAUAUUCUUAGCAUUGGCGUGGUUAAACAAUACAGACGACAUGGAAUAGGAACUCUUUUGUUGGAUAGUUUACUUUCUCACCUGACCACUCCUGAGAGGGAAAAUUGCAAAGCUGUCUAUCUUCAUGUUUUAACCACAAACUUUGCUGCUAUGAAGUUUUAUGACAAGAGACAUUUCAAGCAGUUCCGCUACCUGCCCUUGUACUAUGCCAUCAAUGGAACCCACAAGGAUGGAUUCUCUUAUGUGCUUUAUAUUAAUGGAGGUGAACCACCAUGGACGCUUGGUGAUGCCUUGAAAUUUCUUGGAGCAAAACUGUCCCAGCUUCGGCCCUGCAAGUUGCCGUUGUAUCUGAUGAAUUGUUGCUACCACUGGCUUCUGUGGGUUACACCAAUACAGGCGAUAAGAGACUCAUGUGUGCGCACUAUGUGAGGAAAUAACAAGAACAAGUUUGGUGACAGAAAAGGAAAAAAGAUUAAUAAUGACAGUAGAUGUUUUUGGCUCAUUUUUAAGUCUUAAUGUCAGGAGAGGAACUAGGGUGAAAGUUUCCCCUUUGUAAGCCUUGUUUGAAAUGAUGAUAAUUAAUGAGUAUUCUUAAACAACCUGGCAUGAUAUUUAUAGGAUAGUUUGGAAAAAUUCCCAACUCCCAAAAUCUUUCUGGCUGGUUGGAUAAGUCCUUGGAGUUAAUUGUCAUUUUUUAAAAUAAUUAUUUGUUAAGAAACCUUGUCAAGUACUUGCCAAUGUAUUGAAAGCAUUUUGUGUGUGACAGAACAUUUUUGCUUCUUUGUUUUAUGAUCAGUUUACUUUGAGGGUUAAGAUUAUCUUGUGCUUUUUUUUUGCAUUUUUAUUAAAGAAAAUCAGCAAAUUACUCCUUAAAGUAAAUUUUUAGAAGACAUUAUAAUUUUUUUAUGUACAAAAGCAAUAAUAGUUUUUCUAAAGGAACAAAUCAACUUGGUGAUUAUUUUUUUUGUUUUAUGACUGUGGUGUUCCAUAAACAAAUUGUAAGUUGUAACCUUGUUAGGGAAAUUACUGUUUAUUUUUGAAAAAUUUUGUUGAGAAAAUUUUUGUCAAGUGGUUUCAUCAACAGAAUUCUUUGGUAGUUCGAUUCCUUUUAAUACGAUUUUAAGGUGAGAGUUGAAUUGAAAAUGGUCCAGGAUUGCAUUUUUUUUCUUCGCUAUGAUCUAUGUCCUCCAUGAUGGGUCCAAAAAACUCACGCACCCUCAACCAAUUAGAAGCAAAGAUGAAAGCAAUCAAAACUUAACCACUUUAUUUUUCCUCUUUUGGUUGUCUUAACUUUGAGUCCGUAGUGAAUUUUUGUAAUAUUUAACUUGGAUGUGCUUGGCUGUUUUCAGUUGAUAACUUUAGUUUAAGUUUGAUCAUACUUAAUCAAAAAAGCUCGGUUUGCAAGAGAAAGUCGCAACACUUGCCUUACCUUGAAGUAGGUCAGUUAACAGUUUAGAGGAGUGUGACAGCUAAAUCUUACGUAUUUAAUGCUUGUUAGAUAUUAUUUAGUAAUGCCAGAUUAUUAAAAUUAGACAUUUAUUAGAAACAUUUUUUCACCGAUUGGGAAGUGUUGUCAUACUAUUGUUCUGAGAUACCCAACACUGAACAGAAGGAUGAGUAUGACAUUAAAGGGCUUGUAGCACUCCAAAGCUGUUUCUAGGCUAGACCCAAAAGACUGAUUAUUGGUGUUUCUCUGUUCAGAGUUAAUAAAGUUGUUAUCUAUCUGUAACAAA